CUUCCCCUCUUCUCGCAGUGAGAAAGAAACGGUCUGGCUGUUUGUGACGAAGCGGAAGAAGCGACAACACCGCAGGAAAACACUAUUCGUGAUUAAAAAAACAAAUCAAUUGGAGGAUAGUCUGUCUGGCUAUUCGAGUCCAUGACCAGACAGUGAGAACGGAGAGGAGGGCUUGAAGGGAGCCUUUUCGUUGGUUAAGGCUUUGAGGACUGUAGAGUUUCCAGGGGAAAAGAUGAGUGAUGGAAUGGUAUUGUGUGAGACGAGAGCCCUGGCCUCCUCUACCUCUCCAGUCCACAGGCUGGCUACGUCUGCAAUCCUCUUCCUCCUCCUCUCCCUGCUCCCCCACGGACACGCAUCAGGAUGCCCUCAGCCUCUGGCUGUACAGCACGGGGAGCUGGUGAACCAGACGGAGGCCAACCGAGGCUCCUUCCCUCCUGGUACCCUGCUGUCCUAUGGCUGUGAGCCGGGCUACGCCCCCGAUGGACCCGCCUCCAUCACCUGUACCACUGCUGGGACAUGGACCCGCCUGCCUCUACGCUGUAUCAGCACUAAUGUGUGCCCCCCUCCCACGGAGCCAGAGAACGGAGGCUACAGGUGCCACCCGUCCCCCUGCCACCGCCUCACCCAGAAGACCGUGAUAGAGUACUUCUGUGACGAGGGCUACGCUCUGAAGGGGGACUACAAGUUCCUGACCUGUCAGAAUGGGGAGUGGGACGCACCCAUGCAGAUCACCUGCCGCCUCAGCCCAGAUAAGGAGCUGCGGUCUCCAAUGGCGAUGCCAGCGCUGUCCAUCGUAGCGUCCACAGCCUCCUCUGUGGCCCUCCUGCUGCUGCUGGUGGUGCUGUUUGUUCUGCUGCAGCCCAAACUCAAGUCCUUCCACCACAGCAGGCGUGAGCAGGGUGUACCAGGCCAGCCAGCCUCCAUGGUGGUGGAGGGGCUCCAGGUGGCCCUCCCCUCCUAUGAGGAGGCGGUUUACGGUAGCGGAGGUGCCUCCCUCCCACCGCCUCCAGAGUCCCGGGUCCAGAUCGUCCUGUCUGAGGGGCCCCAGGGGGCCGAGAGGCCCAGCAGUAGGUCUCAGUCCCACCAUCACAGAGAUACAGAGCUGUGCCUCCCCUCCACGUCCUCCUCUUCUUCAUCCUCCCGUCGCGCAGAGACAGUACUAGUCCACCAGGCCCCCUCCUCUUCGUCGUCGUGGGUUAUGGAGCACGGAGGAGGUGCGUGUGGUGGUGUGCCGCCCCUGGUCACUCUGGCCAGACGUAGAGACUCCGAGAGCAGCGACCAGCACAGCCUGCUUUCUGUCACCUCCGUAGACGACUUCUCUGAUGAUAUCCCCCUGUUAAAGGAAGCCUGAUGCCCCUGCAGCAGGACCACUCCCCCUUACAGCUGACCAGGAAACACUGAGGCUUCUGCUGGGGCCUUCUACCUGAACUAUACCACCCUACAGCUGACCAGGAAACACUGAGGCUUCUGCUGGGGCCUUCUACCUGAACUAUACCACCCUACAGCUGACCAGGAAACACUGAGGCUUCUACUGGGGCCUUCUACCUGAAUUAUUACCACCCUACCCUGCAGCUGACCAGGAAACACUGAGGCGUCUGAUGGGGCCUUCUACCUGAAUUAUUACCACCCUACCCUACAGCUGACCAGGAAACACUGAGGCUUCUGCUGGGGCCUUCUACCUGAAUUAUACCACUCUACCCUACAGCUCUGAACCACAGAACUACAAAAUGUCCCAGCGUACCAAAAACAGGAAUCAUGUCAAAGAAGAAACUCUCAACUCAAAACUCUCAACUCAAAACUCACUCACAAGGCUCAGAGACCAGAGCAGAGUCCAACUUCACCCCCAACUAUUACCAACCGUGAAAUUAGACAAAACUAUUUCCACCACCAGUAUCCUCUCCCCACGUCCCGGCUACCCCUUCUGCAAUGAUCUCUAAACUACCACCCAUGUACAGAAAACACAAGACUGCUCCCUCUCUCUCUUAAUGGGAACUAACGAGCCCUUAAUGCCUACUGCCCCCCUCAGCUUCAGAAUGGACCUCAACACAGGCAGACAGACAGGCAGACAGGCAGGCAGGCAGACAGGCAGACAGACAGACAGACAGACAGACAGACAGACAGACAGACAGACAGACAGACAGACAGACAGACAGACAGACAGACAGACA